AUGGAUAUUAAUAGAUUUAAAAGACCUACUAGAUUCUAAACCAAACUUUUUAUAAAUGGAUAAUUUGUUGACGGAGUAAAAAAAACAACUAUUUCUAUAUAUAAUCCCUCUACAGAAGAUAAAAUAUGUGAUAUAGCAGAAGCUACUGAAUAAGACGUGGAAUUAGCUAUUGAUGCUGCCACAAAUGCCUUUUCUAAAUGGAAAAAUACAACAACUCGUGAAAGAUGCUUACUCAUAAAUAAACUUGCUGAUUUAAUUGAAAAAAAUUUAGACGAAUUAGUCUCUUUAGAAUCUCUUGAUAAUGGAAAACCAUUAUAUGCAUCUUUAUCUGAUAUAACAGAAGUUGUUAAUAAUUUAAGAUAUUAUGCAGGAUGGGCUGAUAAGACAACUGGAAAAUCAUAUAGUUCUUAAGAUAAUACUUUAUUUUACACACGUAGAGAACCAUUUGGAGUAGUAGGUUUAAUAUCUCCAUGGAAUUUUCCUUUAUUAAUGUGUGAAUGGAAAUUUGCUCCUGCUUUAGCUGCUGGAAAUUGCUUAGUACACAAACCUUCUGAAGAAACACCUUUAACAAUUCUUAGAGUUGCUGAAUUAAUAAACGAAGCUGGAUUUCCCCCAGGAGUAUUUAACAUAGUUCCUGGUUAUGGAAAUAUAGCAGGAGAAGCCUUAAGCAGAAGUAGAAAAGUAGGCAAAAUAUCAUUCACUGGAUCAACUAUUGUAGGAAGAAAAGUAAUGGAAGCAAGUGCUUAAAGUAAUUUGAAGAAAGUCACUUUAGAAUUAGGUGGAAAAACUCCGGUUGUUGUAUGUCCUUCUGCUGAUUUAGAUUAAGCCGUUGCAAUUGCUUGGAAUGCUAUUAUGUAUAAUAUGGGAUAAUGUUGUAUUGCUGGAUCUAGAUUAUUCGUACAUGAAUCCAUAUAUAAUGAAUUCCUUAAUAGAUUAAAAGCAAUCAAUUCAAAUGUUAAAAUAGGAGACGCUUUUGAAGGAUCUAACCAUGGUCCUUAAAUAAAUAAAGUUUAAUUUAAUAAAAUUCUCGGCUUUAUUGAACAUGCUAAAACUUAGGAAAGCUGCUAGUUACUUAUAGGAGGUAAUAGAUAUGGAAAUAAAGGCUAUUUUAUUGAACCUACUAUCUUUUGUAAUGUUGAUGAUAAUUCGAAAAUCGCAAGUGAAGAAAUAUUUGGACCUGUUUUAGCUAUACUUAAACCUUGGAAAUCUCUUGAUGAAGUUAUUAAAAGAGCUAAUAAUACUAAUUAUGGUCUCGCAGGUAUUGUACUUUCUAAAGAUAUGUCUGUUUGCGAUAGAUUAGUUAGAGAUAUCUAAGCUGGUACCAUCUUUGUUAACAAUUAUUGUAUACCUAAAUCUUAUAUUCCAUUUGGUGGCUAUAAGGAAUCUGGAUUUGGAAAAGAUAAUGGAGAAGAGGGAAUGCUUGAAUAUACUUAAGUUAAGGCUGUUUAUUAUUAAUUCGACGAACCUAAAAUUUGA